AUGUGGAACAAGAUGAAUGGUUAUGAGAAGAGUAGCAAGCCUCAUCUGGCCGUAGUCACUCCCUACGUCGGACAGGGGCAUCUAAUUCCUUUUCUGGAGCUCACAAAGCUUCUCGCCUCCCACGGCCUCAUUGUUUCUUACACAUCCACACCGGGGAACAUUGAACGUCUGCAACUUCAAGUUGAUCAUGUGAUCAAAAGUUCGAAUCCCGGCAUAGACAUACGCCUGGUGUCGCUUCCUAUGCCUCCCAUCGAAGGCCUACCACCAGGAAUCGAAAGCUCCGAAACUGUUCCCCUGCAUAUGAUCGGAAUCCUCAUGAAGUCAUCCUACAAGCUGGCUGGACAAUUUGAGCAAUGGGAGGAGCAGGAGAUGAAAAAUGCAGAGGAUCAGAUCCACAAUUCCCCAUCUACCCCACUACGGAAAUCCGAGCUGGCAUUCACUAUGCGGGACUCGUACGGGAACCCCAUGCAGAGUUUCAUCACGGACGAGAUCAAUCGCAGCAUGGAAGGAAGCGGGGUGAUUUUCAACACAUUUUAUGCGCUGGACUCGCUGGGGAUCGAGCACAUUAAGAGCUUAACGAAGAGGCCUGUUUGGAGCAUUGGUCCUAUUCUUCCCAAGAAGCUUUUCGAUGCAGAGGGAGUCGAACGGGCCACCCAUGACAGCAGAGGAAAGAGCGCGGAUAUAAGUGAGGCGGAGUGCUUGCAGUGGCUGGAUAAACGCAGCCCUAAUUCGGCCUUCAUAUGGGCUAUCAAGCGCAUUCCGGAGAUAGAGCUCCCAGAGUGGUUUGAAGAGCGGACUAAAGACAGAGAGCUGGUCAUAUGGGGAUGGGCACCACAGCUCCUGAUCCUGUCCCAUCCUUCCACCGGUUCGUUUCUAAGCCACUAUGGAUGGAACUCAACUCUGGAGAGCAUCAGCCUGGGCGUCCCCAUGAUCACCUGGCCCAUGUUUGCAGAGAAGCCUUUCAACAAUAAGCUUCUGGUAGAGCAUUUGGGUAUUGCAGAACAAAUAUGCUCCCACAUGGACGGUGUGGGGGAUGAGUAUGUUGUGAAGAGAGCGGUUAUAAAGGUUUUGGCGGAAGAAGGAGGGAAGAUGAUGAGAACCAGAGCUCAGGAACUGAGAAUAAAGGCAAAAUUAGCUGUUGAGAAAAAUGGUUCUUCUCAUGCAAACCUGCAAACUUUUAGAGAAUAUGUGAAAGAACGACAUGACAACUGGGUGGAAUAUGUGAAAGAACGGCAUGACAACUGGGUGCUCACUCCUCAGUCGUCGCCCAAAUGA